UCAGUGAUACUCACGGUGGAAGACAUGAAGCCUAAGCUGCUGCUCGUAUUGCUGGCGUUGCUGCAGACUGGCCAAACUGCACAGGAUUCUUGCAUAGACCGAUGUGAUAGCGGCUUUGAUGUGACCAAGCAGUGCCAGUGUGACUCGUUAUGCAAGUACUACAAGAGCUGCUGCGCUGAUUAUGAGUCACUCUGUGACAACUUGACUCGUGGAGACACUUUCCCGUCUUCUCCUGAGGAUGAGGAGAACACCACGAUCGUUAAACAUAUAGACAGUGAUAAAAACAUGAUAAACCAGCCUUCUCUUACGUCCACCAGCCUUCUCUUACGUCCACCUUUAUUUAACACAACUCCACCGACUUCCGAUCCUGACGCCGAGGUGUGCAGUGGCAGGCCAUUUAAUUCAUUCAUGCAACUCAAAAAUGGUUCACUCUAUGCCUUCAGGGGAAAGUAUUUCUUUGAACUGGAUGAGAGAUCAGUUUUGCCAGGUUAUCCAAAACUCAUCGAAGAAGUCUGGGGGAUAAAAGGUCCCAUAGAUGCAGCAUUUACACGCAUAAACUGCCAAGGAAAAACAUACAUCUUCAAGGGGAGCAAGUACUGGAGGUUUGACAAUGGAGUCCUGGAUAAAGAUUUCCCCAAAAAUAUCUCUGAUGGAUUUGAAAGUAUCCCAAAUCACUUAGAUGCUGCCUUUGCUAUCCCUGCUCACAACCACAAUGGCAAAGAGAAGGUCUACUUCUUUAAAGGUGACCGUUAUUUUCUGUAUGAGUUUAAGAACCAGCUGACCCAUGAGGAGUGCAGUCUUAUGUCCAGGAUCUUCCCCUCUGCACUUUUCAGGAGAUACACAGAUUUAUAUUAUGAUCGCUGGGCAGAGCACUUCAGCCUGCUCUUCAGUGGAUUUGAAAGCCAACAUGGCAUCAAUCAUUUCAUUAGUGAAGACUGGAUUGGUAUCAAAUCCCCAGUGGAUGCAGUGCUGGCUGGAAGACUGUAUGUCUCACCCAGACAUGUACACCGGCCCAGUAGAAGGCGGCAGGAUCAACUUGGUGGUCAACAUCGGAGUCAACAGUGGAACCAGCAGAUGAACCAACAGUGGAGCCAACCUUGGGGCCAACAGUGGGACCAACAAUGGGACCAGCAGCAGUGGGGCUCACGCAGUAGACAGAAUCGAUCUCCUUUCUGGGACACUAUGACUCAGAGAGCUGUUAGCAUCAGGCAGGAGUUUAAUCAGAGGCUCAGCCAGGAAAACUGGAGAUAUCAGGACAGACGCAGGAAUGGCUAUCAACAGCAGUAUGACAAUGAUUAUGAUUACAGAUACAACCCUUUUGAGGAUGCGACACACAAUCAAAUCCGCUGGAGCCGUCCCCUACAGAGUGUCUACUUCUUUAAAGGAGAUCAGUACUACAGAUUCAACCUGCAGACCAAGCGUCUUGACUAUGCCAUUCCUUCGUACCCCAGACCGAUCGCUAAAUACUGGCUGGGCUGCCAAGACAGCCCAGGAGCAGAGAAGAGAUAAAUCUAUAAAAUACAGUACAAUGUAUCUUGUACUUAGUGUCUACAAGUAUGGGCUCACCCAAAACACAUGCAUUGCUCCUUUCUCAGUGCAUGAAAUUUGGACACCAAAAAUAUACUUUGAGUCAUCUUUAAAUCAGCUCUGCAUAACCAUUAAAUAUUUAUAAUCAGUAAUA